AACCAUUCUAUCUUUCUUCUACCAUAUCCCAAGACUACCCGACAAGUCUCUCUCUCUUUUCAAGAUCUUCAACUACACAAGGAACAAAUAAAGAAAUGGCUCACAUUGUUGCUCGUCGAUAUUUUCAGAUCAUGCUUCUAUGUCUUCUAAUCAGUUCACCUCUAGAUGUUAUAGCUCAGGGAGGACAAGCUGGUGAUAUACCAGUGGUUAAUCCUACAUCUCCAGGUGGCGAUACCACCACACCAACCAUUACCCAACCAUCACCGCCUUCCUCAACGUUUCCAGGUCCAGUCACAAACCCAAAUCCACCAACUGGUGGCUAUCCACCGUUAGAUGGUACAACACCAACCGGUGGUGGCUAUCCACCACUUGAUGGUACCACACCGACCGGUGGCGGCGGCUAUCCACCACUUGAUGGUACUACACCAACAGGUGGUGGUGCACCUGGUGGUGGAGGUGGAGGUGGCGACACUGGUCCAGGUGCUGGUGGUGGUGGUGCACCUGGUGGAGGCGGAGGUGGUGACACCGGCGCAGGUGGUGGCGGUGGUGCACCUGGUGGAGGCGGAGGUGGUGACACCGGUGCAGGUGGUGGUGACACUGGUGGAGGUGGUGGUGGCGGUAGUGGCCAGUGGUGUAUAGCUAAAGCAAAUGCUUCGCCAACAUCAUUACAGGUGGCUUUGGAUUACGCUUGUGGGUAUGGAGGAGCUGAUUGCGGCCAGAUCCAGCAAGGUGCAAGCUGUUACGAGCCUAGCACUAUUCGUGAUCAUGCUUCAUUUGCUUUUAAUAGUUAUUACCAGAAGCAUCCUGGUUCAGACAGCUGCAAUUUUGGAGGGGCUGCACAACUUACCAGCACAGAUCCAAGUAAAGGAAGCUGUCGCUUCUCAGCGUCAUCAGGAACAGUAAGCACAAGCCCGCCAAGCCAACCGAGUCCACCAGAUUUCAACUCCCCACCUUCUACUUCUACCUUCCCACCGCCAAUAACAACUCCAACUACAGGCAUGCCUGGUUCAGGACCACCCUUCGGCGUGGCAGAGCCAACGGGGCUUCCGAGUUCAGCAACUCAUGCGUCGCAUAGCUUCAUUUCAUUUUUUACAGCAGUUGGGAUACUACUACUGAGGCAAUAUUAUCUUUAAACAGACAGAGGGUCUCAGGGUUUCAAUCAUUCCCUGCAAAUUACGAAGUCGUGAUCAGCAAGAAGAUUUAUAAUCCAAGACCACCUUUACUCUCAUCAUCUUUUCUCUUGAUAUAGUUCAUAAAUAUAUUUAUUUAGUAGGAGAUAUUACAAAAUCAAAGGGCUUAGAUUAUUAUAAACAUUCUUGUAGACACGUUAAGCGUAAUGUACCUCUCCACAGUUUUAGAGAAUAAAAAUACUU